UCUCUCUUCCUCUGUGAUGCUGCAGAUCCUGUAGUCUCUCCAGUCUCCAGUAAACAGCAGUCAUGGCGACAGUGGUCCAACCGCUCUCUCUGGAUCGAGAUGUUGCCAGGGCUAUUGAGCUCCUGGAGAAGCUGCAGGAGUCGGGUGAUGUCCCCGGUCACAAGCUUCAGUCUCUGAAGAAGGUCCUUCAGAGUGAGUUCUGCACAGCCAUCAGAGAGGUGUACCAGUACAUGCAUGAAACAAUCACGGUGAAUGGCUGUCCAGAGUACCAGGCGAGGGCCACAGCUAAAGCUACAGUUGCAGCCUUCGCAGCCAGCGAAGGUCAUUCCCACCCGAGGGUGGUGGAGCUGCCCAAGACAGAAGAAGGGCUGGGCUUCAAUGUGAUGGGCGGCAAGGAGCAAAACUCCCCUAUCUACAUCUCUCGCAUUAUCCCCGGAGGCGUGGCUGAGAGGCACGGUGGCCUAAAGCGAGGGGAUCAGCUCCUGUCUGUCAAUGGUGUGAGCGUGGAAGGAGAGCACCACGAGAAAGCGGUGGAGCUGCUGAAGGCGGCCAAGGACAGUGUAAAGCUGGUGGUUCGCUACACCCCCAAAGUGCUGGAGGAGAUGGAGGCUCGCUUUGAGAAGCUCCGUACGGCCCGGCGGCGCCAGCAGCAGCAGCUCCUCAUGCAGCAGCAGCAACAGCAGAACAUGACUUCUCAGCAGAACCACAUGUCGUAGGUUGUUCCAAAAGAAGAAGAAGUGAAGGAGAGCGAAAAGGUGGAUCUGAAAGACCACCUGUUUGUGUUGCGGAUCCCAAAGGAGUCUAUCCAUCGUGGAGCAAAACCAACAAGUAGAAGACUCUUUUCCUUACUCUCUCUCCCUUCCAGUGUACCACCGAUAACUGAGCAAAAACAAAGAGAGCCGUGUAUCCUGAAAUUGGUGCUUUGAAAACAAGUAUGAGGGAGGCUGGCACUGAAAGUCGUCCAUUUUGACUUUGUAUUCGCUUUUAUAAGUUGUUCUCCCCAGUUGUGACUCUUACUGAAACUCCUUUUCUUGUGUUUCUUGUUUUGUUUACAGUCAUCCAUUUUUGAUUGCUUACCGACAUCCAUUGCACCGUGGCACCUUUGCGAUUUUGCCAUAGAUAUAAUUUGUACUGUGGUCUUUUUAUUGAUUCUUCGACUGGUGCUUGUGUCUCUGUAUGAAUCCCCAUUGGCUCCUUUUUUUCUGUCGAACUUGUCCUGUUUUGGAUAAACGUGAACUCUUUUUUACCUUCUAUAUUGUAGCAGGAAAGAUUUUGUAUCUUGUAGGUUUAGCAAUAACACACAUUCUUCAGUUUUUACAUUUCACCACCAAAUUCAUGAUCAUAUACAAACAUAUAGACAGAGUUUAUGGCAUACGUGCAAAUGUAAAUCAUUGUAAAGCAAACUUGGUCUUAUUUACUGAAAGGCAGCUUCUGUGUCCAAAUCUUUUCUCUGUGCCAUUUAAAGAGAUUAUUGAUUUACAGGUGGCAUGAGCAAUUAAUGUGCAAUAACUGCGAUUAUUAACAGACUUUGUAAGCUACUCCCAACUUAGAUUUAUCUAGAAAACAUAUGUGACCAAAAGAUUUUAUCAAGGUUCAAAUCAAUCCUCAGAAAUGUUAACUGUGCCCUUUUUCGAACAGAAUGUCACCAGUUUUCAUUUCAACAGAGUGGGAUUUAAAUCCAAAAAUGCUAGAAUUAUGUUGAUUUUUCAGACUUGUCUAUUUUAUAGUUUAUGAGAUCAGAGAUUUAACAUAUUGUUCCUUUUAAUAUAGUGUAUUCUUUCUAAGACAUGCAGAUUAUUAUUUAAAUAUAUUCAUUGUACUGUAAAACAGCUGAAUACUAGCACAUAGUUCAUGUAGAUCUGUCCCCAUGUGUUUCUGUUUUGACAAUCAGUUUAAGAAGUUAUGAGACUGGGUGUGAUGUUUGACUUUCUCUUUUUCCUCUGUACCUGUAAGGGAACUCUGUUGUUAAACUUCUCUCUACCAACCAAGAAGCAGAGCUGAAGUGGUAAUCCGCCAGGUCUGUGUUCGCUUUUCCAUCAUCUCCAUCUACGAUGCUAAGCGCUCCUUUUUUUGUGUUUGUCAUUUUGCACUGCACUUCGCAGAGAUCACUUAAUUGUCUAUAUUUGGUCUCUAAUACCCUCCUGUGUUUCCUGUUCUUUUAUUCAUUUUUUUGUAGGUCUUUGUUUAUUCAACCAUGCAGGCUUUACCGCUUAGGCUGUUUCUUCUUCCAUUUAUCCCAAUUCAAAAGCAUAAAAUGUAUCACUUCCUGUCUGCUAGAGGAUUUUCCCCCCUAAAGAGAGACCAUUCAGACGCUGCAUGUUAGGAACAGCGAAUUAAAAGUUGUCAUGAAGUUGCAUUUUCAUGACAAUGUUACUGAUUAUUACCUGAAAUUCUUAACAAUCUACAUUACAUCUAAUUGCAAUUGUCCAGCAGAGCUAAAUUCUUCUUAAUGCAUAAUAUGUGCAACGCUGCCAGAUAUUUCCCAUUGCCAUUUCCUAAAUAACCUGUUAGCACUAAGGUCACUUCAUGCCAAAGCUCUUGCAAUAGGUCACCUCUGUGCUCAGGUUUUAUAGGACAUUCAAAUGUUUUUGUCCCUCACUCACACUUCAAGCAGAACAUCUCAAUACAACAGAUCCCUUUUUGUAUCUUUAAAUCACAGGUACUCUUUCUUAAUUGACUUACAUUUUUGAAGCUGAUGGUCCUGUACUUACCGUAAAGAUAAAAAAAAACACAACAAACUGUUGAUAUGCAAUUGUUAUACAUACUAUAUUUGUAUAAAUAAAUCUAUGUGCUUGUGUACAGUGAA